AUGGAUGAUUCUUCCACCAUCGUCUGGCUUCAGAGUGCCAUCAAAUUUAACAGUGGAGGUCAUAUAAACCACUCGAUUAUUUGGAAGAAUCUGUCACAAGUUAAAGCAAAACUAGGUGGAGAGCCGCCAAAGCCUUCCCUGUGCUCAGCCAUUGACACACUAUAUGGUUCUCUCGAUGUGUUGAUUCAGAAAGUCAAUGUAGAAGGUACUGCCUUGCAAGGUUCUGGACAAUGGCUUGCUCUGGAUAAAGAGUGGAAGCAGCUCUCAGUUGAAACCACUACAGACCAGGAUCCACUUGUAACUAGAAGAUCAGCUUUGGUCUCGCUGAUUAGAAUAGAUGUUUGGGAGCAUAUAUACUACCUGCAGUACCGUGAUGUGAAAUCCAAUUAUCUAAAGAACAUAUGGAAGGUUAUUAACUGGAAAUAUGCAAGCAAAAUUUAUGAGAAAGAGUAUCCUCGAGACAACAAUAAGCUCUUAGUAUUGUGGUUAGGCUUUUUACUGAAUGUCGGAUCUGGUUUGUUCGAUUUGGAUCUCUCUGUUGGCUUGUUUGCAUCUAUUAUAGCACUUUUUGGAGGCUUCUUUGCCAGUGGUUUCAAAAGAGCCUUUAAAAUCAAGAUAUUGAUGAACCUCACUUUGAAGCAGCAGCAAGCUCUCUACAUAAAGCUUGGGGAGAUCUUGCACGAGAUACUUGUGGGAAAGUCUUAG